UCAAAUCCGGUUAAAGCAGUUCUUCACGUUGGGGAAGUGUACGGUUUUAGAAUUUGAGGCUGUUUGUACCUCACUUUUUCAGCAAAAAUGGGUGACUCCGUUGCCAACUAUACUUCACGACUUCAGCAACAGGAAAGAGAAAUCAAGUUACUCCAAGAUGAAAUAGAGAGACUGAGAGAUCCACAGGAGCUGAACUUCAUGUCUUCACAGCUGGAUGAUUUGCAGGAGGAGAAUUCCCGUCUGAAGUAUCGCCUCAACAUUCUGAAAAGAUUCCACAGGAGGAAAGAAGGAUUGGCGUGGGCCACACCGUGUCCCCCCCUCCACUCUGAUGGAAACAGCCAAUCACAGCAUGGAAACAGAGAAGCGCCAAAUUGCAAUCUCCUCCUCAUCGGAUAGAGAUAAAGGAACCCUUCCAAAAGACACACCUCCGUCACGCAAGGGUGAGACAAUAGCAGAUCAACCUCUGUUCUGAGUCCCGCAAGGGUGAGACAAUAGCAGAUCAACCUCCGUUCUGAGUCCCGCAAGGGUGAGACAAUAGCAGAUCAACCUCCGUU